GGCAGGUCCGUACGCCCCGCCCCUUCCGCUUCUGUGUUCUGAUCUUCCUGCUGCUGAACCGCCCGGCUGAGCCGACAUUGCCGGCGUCUUGGCGAUUCGGCCCGACGCGCUCCGCUUUCGCUACAGCAUGGUGGCCUACUGGAGACAGGCUGGACUCAGCUACAUCCGAUACUCCCAGAUCUGUGCAAAAGCAGUGAGAGAUGCACUGAAGACAGAAUUCAAAGCAAAUGCCGAGAAGACUUCUGGCAGCAGCGUAAAAAUUGUGAAAGUAAAGAAGGAAUAAUCUGUUUGAGAAGUAAAGCACCAGAGGAAGCAUGUGUAACUCCUUGUAUAAUCGCAGGCUGUAAGUCUUUAGCAUCUCAGGAAGUUACUAACUUCAAACUAAGUAUAUAGGUACAGUUUCUUACUAAAUCUAGUGCUUCUUGAACCACAAGUAGAAAGCAUUUAAAACAUGACUGUUGUUUUAUGUUCUUUGAAGUUUGUAAAUAGAAGACUUGUUGAUGGUCCGAUGGCAAGGUAUUUUUCUCUUCGUAUAUAUUUAUUUCCUCAUGAUGCAUACGUGAAAAGAGUGAAGUUUCUCAGAAUGAGCAACUGUCAUCCAUCUACCUGCUAUUUUAUUAUUGCCAAUUACAAAAGCAAAUCAAGAGAUGAGAACCCAGUUGCCUGCAAGUAAAUAUUUACUGCAUUGAGGGUCGGAGCAUUUUCCCAUUACCGGUUAUCCAUGGAUCAAAUAGUAUAUCUCAGUGGUAAUUCCAGAGGGCCAUUAAAACCCUGAUGGUGCUGGAAGAGAUGGCAGUGCUGCAUGUCAGAAAUAGGUAAACUGUAAUUAAGGAGUUACAGAUGAUUUGAUUACGCUCUUGUGUAUUUGGUCCUGUUGUAAUGUGAGCAGAUUAAAAUCAUGUAGUGGUUAAAGCUAUGUCAUUAUGCAAACAUUUAUGGCAACUUCUGCAAAUUAAUUUGAACUGUAAAAGUUCCCUAAUGAGACGAUGUCCUCCGUAACUGAGAAGGACACUGCAGCCAUUGCUGCUUAAUUCCUGCAUUUGAAUGGUUGCCGAGCGGAUGGUGUGCCCUUUCUCAAAGAGCAGAGAGGCUGCAGAGCAUUUUGGGGGGUGAUGACUGAAUGAAAGUGAAAAGAGCAUUUCAAAAUAGCCUUUAAAAGGAAAACCAAGGAUGAUUAUUAAUGAAUUCCUGGGAUCUAACAGUAGUAAGAAAUUUAAACUAUAUAAGCAUAUAUGUUAAAGGCUAGCUCUUCAGAAGUAAAGAUAAGAGGACUGUAGUUCUUUAGUUUUGCUUAUCUUUUUGUUUUCUUGUUUGGACCAGGUAUUUUUGUGGAGAGGACUGUGGCUUUUCUUUUUUCCUCUUUUCCAGUUAGCAUGUUGUGUGCACAGGUCUACACAACAUGGAUAUUUCUGGUGGAUGUUGACUCACAUUGACCUUGGCUCUGUAGCUCCCCAUGUACUAGUCAGGCACCUGGUUCUUCUGGAGGCUGGCAGGCACUGGAAGGCAGGAUGCCAGGCAAUGUUUGCUCAGAGGAAAGAACCUAAGGGAAGAGUGUUAGUAGCCCUCGGAUACCAAGUGAGGAUUCCAGGGUGCUAUCAAUGCUGCUAAAGUAUAAAAAUGUAACACCAACUCCAGUGGCUCCCUGCAAAUCCACACGUGUAGUCUGGAUGCCUGGCGAACACUUUGAAACAAAGGGAGCACUUUACAAUAAAUUUGCUAUUUUUUUAAGUUUAUAAGUAUGCAUUGAAUAUCAAACUCUUCAAGGUUAGUGUCAGCAAAGACCCUAAUGCCUGUCAGAUGUUCCCCACCUGUCUCCCGCAGUCCCUGUGUCGAAGCUAAUGAUGAGUGCAUAUCAUUCACUGUGCUGCAGUGCAGAAUGGGUUUUGGAGUGCUGCAGGAGAAACACUAAUCUAAUGAGAAACUGUUCUGUAAGCGACUCCACAGCACAGCUUCUCUCACGGUUAAUGUCCCUUAUCUUCUGGCUCCAUUUCUGCCUCCUCGAUGACCUCUUCAUCUUCCUCUAGAACUGCUUUGGCAUCUUGAAAUUGUUGGUACUCGGAUACCAAAUCAUGGAUGUUACUUUCAGCUUCCCCAAAUUCUUCUGUGUCCAUCCCUUCGCUGGUGUACCAGUGCACAAAUGCUUUCCUUUUGAACAUGGCUGAGAAAUGCUCAGAGACCCUAUUAAAGAUCUCUUGGAUGGCCGUGUUGUUGCCAAUGAAGGUGGCGGCCAUGCUCAGCCCCUGGGGCGGGAUGUCGCAGACAGCCACCUUGACGUUGUUGGGAAUCCACUCCACAAAGCAGCUGCUGUUCCUGGUCUGCACGGAGAGCAGUUGCUGGUCCACUUCCUUGGUGGACAUCUUGCCCCGGAAAAUGCAGGCCACUGUGAGGUAGCGGCCACGGCGGGGGUCACAGGCAGCCAUGGUAUUGCGGGCGUCGAACAUCUGCUGGGUGAGCUCAGCCACGGAGAGGGCUCGGUACUGCUGGCUGCCCUGGGCCGUGAGUGGGGCAAAGCCGGGCAUAAAGAAGUGCAGGCGGGGGAAGGGGACCAUGUUCACCGCCAGCUUGCGCAGGUCUGCGUUGAGCUGACCCGGGAACCGGAGGGAGGUGGUUAUGCCACUCAUGGUCAAGGACACCAGGUGGUUGAGAUCCCCGUAGGUGGGUGUCGUCAGCUUCAGGGUACGGAAGCAGAUGUCAUAGAGGGCUUCAUUGUCAAUGCAGAAACAGGCAUCUGCAUUCUCAAUCAGCUGGUGGAUGGACAGAACCGCGUUGUAGGGCUCCACCACCGUGUCCGACACCUUGGGAGAAGGCAUGACGCUGAAGGAAUUCAUGAUCCGGUCCGGGUACUCCUCUCUAAUCUUGUUCAUGAGCAGAGUGCCCAUCCCGGAGCCUGUGCCCCCGCCCAGGGAGUGGACGAUCUGGAAGCCCUGCAGGCAGUCACAGCUCUCACUCUCGUGCCUCACCACCUCCAGGACGUUCUCGAUCAGCUCGGCUCCCUCCGUGUAAUGGCCUUUGGCCCAGUUGUUGCCAGCCCCAGAAUUACCUGUGGCCAAAAAGAGUAACCAGCAGGGGAAGAAAAGUGAAAAGAGAAGGGCACCAGUAAAGCAUCCUCCCCCCACUCCUGGUGGAACCUUCUGGAAAAACGUACCAUGGACAAAACUGUCGGGUUGAAAGAGGGCUCCUAAUUUGCUAGAUCGAAUGCUGUCCAUCGUCCCAGGUUCUAGGUCCACCAAGACUGCUCGGGGCACAUAUUUCCUACCUGUGUAGAAAAACAGGAAAAAGUCAGCCUACUUGUUUUUCUAAAAGUUAACGUUUUAUCAAAAUAGAACUUUGUGAUACUGGUCCAAAAAAAAAUCCUGGAUGUUCUACAAAGGGGCCCUUGGUAGGUGGAGAUUUGAGUAUUUAACAUCAUAUUUUUUACCCAACAACAAUCCCACAAAUCUACAGAAUACCCAGAAACAAUUUCCAUCAUUGUCUGCUCUGUGAUACUGCCAAUGACAGAGAUUCUCUUCCUUCAUAUUGGAAAUGAUUCUGGUUUCAUUUGUGAAACCACAAAGGAAAGUGAGUACUUAACCUGCUUGUGUUACGGUGUGUGCCCUAUCCAGCAGCUCCUUCCCCAUUCCUGCCUCUUGACCAGGGGUUGGGGACCCACCACUCUGGGAUCCUGCUGCCCUGCCUGUCGCCUCCCUGAGCCUAGACAUCACUGCUUUGACAUUUCCAUCUCCUGGGCCUCAGCCCUUCCUCUGCCUGUGUUCCCAGUUGCGGGACCACUGCUCCCAGAGCCCCGCCAGUCCUACCGUAGGCUUCGUUGUAGUACACGCUGAUUCUCUCCAGCUGCAAGGCCGAGGCCCCGCAGUCGCUGCCAGCCAAGUCGAUCCCGUGUUCCUCACCAAUCAUCUCCCAGAACUGAAAGCAGGAGGAAGGUCAGAGUAAACAGACCCCGAAAAAGGCUGUGUUAACCAGAGAGAAAGUUAGCAUUCCCAAGCCUGUUUCCCUCUGGUUGCCUGACCCUCCCCAAGACAUUCUUUUAGGGCCUUUUCAUAAAUAACCAUGGCAUCAUUCGCUUUUUGCCUCUACUAAGCAAUGUGAAGUAAUAUGAAGAUUGCAUUUUCUCCCCACCUGAACUCCUUAAAUAAAAUGUCAAACACAAAGUACUAAAUCGGAUUUUCUUCCUAUUAAAUUCAGGCCAUUAUAUACGUUAAAGCUGUUUUAGAAUUUAACGUCAAUAUAGCUCUAAUUUCUCCUUAUAAUGCUCCAAGUUAGUAAAGUGUAGAUUCCAUUAAAGGAAAAGGAAAAUAAACCGAAUUCUUAUCUGAUUUCAUAAUAAUACCUCAUUUCACUUUGGGGAUUUCUUUUCAUGAACUUUUCCAAACAACCCAUAACUUGGACCUCUGCAUGAUUUUAAGUAAUUAGCGCCUUUUUUUUUUUUUUUUUGGAUGGAGUCUUGAUCUGUGCAGUGGCGUGAUCUCGGCUCACUGCAACCUCCGCCUCCUGGGUUCAAGCAAUUCUCCUGCCUCAGCCUCCUGAGUAGCUGGGACUACAGGCACGCACCACCAUGCCCAACUAAUUUUUAUAUUUUUAGUAGACGUGGGGUUUCACCAUGUUGGCCAGGAUGGUCUCUAUCUCUUGACCUUGUGAUCCACCCACCUUGGCCUUCCAAAGUAGUAGGAUUACAGGCAUGAGCCAUGGCACCCGGCCUUUCUUUCUUUUUUUUAUUUUUAUUUUUAUUUAUUUUUUUUUUUGAGACAGAGUUUCACUCUUGUCACCUAGGCUGGAGUGCAGUAGCACAAUCUUGGCUCACUGCAACUUCCACCUCCUGGGUUCAAGCAAUUCUCCUGCCUCAGCCUCUCAAGUAGCUGGGAUUACAGGCGUCCACCACCAUGCCCAGCUAAUUUUUGCAUCUUUAGUAGAUACAGGGUUUUGCCAUGUUGGCCAGGCUGGUCUCAAACUCCUGACCUCAGGUGUUGCACCUGCCUCGGCCUCCCAAAGUGCUAGGAUUACAGGCGUGAGCCACCGCGCCCGGCCAGUAAUGUGCAUUUUUGAUUAUCAGGUAUACAUACAACUCAAAAUUACACAUAGUUGUCCUCUGGUAGCUAUUUGAAACAUACUGCACUUCCAAUCACAUACACAGUACUUAUUAAUAUAGAUAUGUGCCAAGCUCUUAAUACGGAAACAGUUACUGGGAAGACUCCUUUUGAUCACCCUGAAAAACACAUAUUAAAAUGCAAUGAAAAUGUAUUCACAUAUAUUAAAAUCCCCAAGGGUAUGUUAAAAACCCCAACCAUAUCUUCUAAAUGACAGCGCUGCUCUGGCCAUGGUCUUAAUAACAAGGCAGUUCAUGGUAAACUGCCAGCACUGUUCAGGGAGUGGAAGAAUAAAUAAAUUCAAGUUCUAAGAUAUCCCAAAUUAAAUGUGUCUUAAAGUUCUUAUAGCUGUAAAUCAUGAGUCAGCCAGGACUCUAAACGCUAGACAAUACGACUCUAGAGUGACAGCUAAGACCCUAUCUAAACCUAACACUUUCUCUCGAGGGCCCCUUUCUGUAUUAUCUUCCAGCUUCAGAGCAGCAGGGCUCCUGCCUCCCACUUCUCUGUGUGUGAGUUACGAGUGUCUCACCCCUGAGGCAUGGAGGAAUGGUGGCUUCUUUUCAAGCAGUAAUGUUCUUUGGCCCAGGUUUGAAACACCUGCAUUUAAAAGCCUUAGCUGUUUCCUAGCAGCAUUGCUCACAGUAGCCAAAAGGCAGAAACAACCCAAGUGUCUUUGAUGGAUGAUGAAUGCAAGUGUUUCAAAACCUUUAAAUGCAUCUCAUAUUAGUAAAAGUAAUUUCACAGUAGCAAAGAGAACACGAUAAAUUUUGCACAGUGCAAUUGGUCAUCUUAAAAUCAAGAUUGGAGAUCGUGGGUUCGGGCAUCUGUGUUCUUGGAGUUGGCCAAUUAAGUUACGUACUUGGGGGAAAAUUUUAAGCAGGGGGACAAAGGAGAGAAAAACUCAUUUAUAUUCCAGAGAGUGUAUUUUAAUUAAUUAUGUUACUGUACACAAAAAACUUUAUUUUAGGUCUCUCUCUUAAAUUUUCAAUUGCAUACUAAUAAAACAGUAAUUGAUUUUUUAAGCAUUAUAAUAAACAUGAGAGGGGAGGGAAAAGACACCAUAGUGACAGGAUAUAGAAAGUUUCUCAAAAAACUUCAAAAAGCUGUUUUGAGACAAAUUACUGUUUUUAGAUAUGAAAAGUUCAUUGUUAAGAUGAUAAAAGUGGGCCGGGUACAGUGGCUCACGCCUAUAAUCCCAGCACUUUGGGAGGCCCAGGUGGGCACAUCACCUGAGGUCAGGAGUUUGAGACCAGCCUGACCAACAUGGUGAAACCCCGUCUCUACUAAAAAUACAAAAUUAGCCAGACGUGGUGGUGCAUGCCUGUAAUCCCAGCUACUGGCGAGGCUGAGGCAGGAGAAUCACUUGAACCCAGGAGGUGGAGGUUGCUGUGAGCCGAGAUCGCGCCAUUGCACUCCAGCCUGGGCAACAAGAGCAAAACUCCAUCUCAAAAAAAUGUGAUAAAAGUGCCAGGCACGGUGGCUUAACACCUGUCAUCCCACCACUUUGGAAGCCUGAGGCAGGAGGAUCACUUGAGCCCAUGAGUUCAAGACCAGCCUGAGCAACAAAGUGAGAUCCCUGUCUCUCAAAAAAGAUUAAAAAAUUAGCCAGGCAUAGUGGUGCACGCCUAUAAUCCCAGCUACUCAGGAGGCUGAGGCAGGAGAAUAGCUUGAGCCCAGGAGGUUGAGGCUAUAGUGAGCCAUGAUCCUGCCACUCUACUCCAGCCUCAGCAACAGAGUGGGCAAAGAAAAAGACGAUAAACGUGUUACGUAAUAUAAAGGUUGGCAUGUAUUGUACGUAUGUAUCUAUGGAUAAAAUUAACGUUAAUUAAAUUAACACUGUAAGCCCUUAA